UGCGGCCCCUUUAAGACUCUUCACAACAAUGAAGCAGCUCCGGCCGCCGCUUUAUCCUCCGCCUCGUCCCGCCCCCGCCGCCCUUCCCAAUUGGCCCCCCCGUCGGCCUCCGAGGCUCUCCUCUGCCAUUGGCGGCCCGGCCAGACCCGACUCCAAGUCGCCGCUGUUCAUUCGUUAUUUGCGCCGCCUAUCUUUACGGAGCGGCCCAGUAAGAGGGCCCAGCGAGAGGCACUGUCAAUCAGGGAGCGCCGGAGGCCAAUCAGAGUGGGAGGACUUCCGCGGCGCUGGCCUUAUUCGAGUUUCGGGGCGGGCCUUGGGUUCAUUCACAACAUUCCUCCCCCGCCCCCCUCGGGCUGGACAGCGCGCCCCGGGCAGCUGGAGCUGCGCCCACAUACGGCUUUGUUUACUGAGGGUCGCUUCCGGGCGCCGCGAGGGGACAAUCAACACGGCUCGGCCGGGGAGCGAGACGGAGCGGCGGGACCCCCGCGCAGCAGCUCAGCCCCUUUUUUCUCUGGAGCCCCAAGACGCUAAUGGUGCACUGCUUUACACCCAGGACCUGAACAGCACCAGGCAAACAGCAGUCACUAAAUCUGUAACUCCUCGAGUGAUCCCUGAACCGCUCUUGCUUUGCUCCCGCUCUGUUGACAUGAUCUACAGAACAGGAAAAACCCAAACUGGCCCCUACGUGGCCUCAUUGCUGCCCCUCCUCAUGUGGAAACACUGGCUUCUACCUUCCAGGAAUUUCCAGUUUCACCGCGGCACUUUCGGGCCAGCCCCCCACCCAGUAAGCUCCCUCUAACCUGCAUGGUCGCAUAGGGUCAUCACUGGCUACAAGUGGCCUUUGAGUCCUUGAAAUGGGGCUGGCGUGAAUCGGGCUGUGCUGUUAAACACGGAGUGCGUUUUGAAGACUGAGGGGGGAAAAAAGGGUCAAGUUUCUCAUUAAGAACUUUUUCUAUUGAUUAGAUGUUAAAAUGAUAUUUUAGCCCAGCUGGCGUGGCUCAGUGGUUGAGUGUCGACCUAUGGAGCAGGAGGUCAUGGU